AUGGCGGUGUCCGUGGUGCUGAUCCUGCCCGAGAGCCCCAGCAUGAAGAAAGCUGUGCAGCUGAUAAAUGCGAUAGACACGGGAAGAUUCCCAUGACUUGUCAGCCACAUUCUUCAAAAGCUCCACCUGAAGGCCGAGAGCAAAGAAGAAGAAGAAGAAGAAAAAAAACUUCAGGCUGCAUUCUCUCUAGAGAAACAAGAGCUUCACCUGGUUCUGGAGACAAUAUCAUUUGUUUUGGAACAGGCAGUGUAUCACAACGUGAAGCCAGCGGCACUGCAGCAGCAACUAGAGACUAUUCAUCUUACACAAGACAAAGCAGAAGCAUUUGCCAGUGCUUGGUCGGCUAUGGGUCAAGAAACGGUUGAGAAGUUCAGGCAGAGGAUCCUGGGCCCUCACAAGCUAGAGACAGUGGGAUGGCAGCUUAACCUGCAAAUGGCUCACUCAGCUCAAGCAAAGCUGCAGUCUCCUCAGGCCCUGCUGCAACUGGAAGUGAGCAAGGAAGACUCGAAGAACAUGGAGAAGGUUCUAAUGGAAUUCAAUCCCAAGGAGUUGUUCGAUUUCUACAACAAGCUGGAGACCAUACAAGCUCAGCUGGAUUCCCUCACAUGAUGUUCUUGAAGACUGGCUUCACUGU